GUCAUCAAUCAUCAAAGGAAGUAUUCUGUCAGCAUGCCACUUUCUUCUGAAGAAGUGGAGCUUCCACCACUGGAUGCAAAAACAGAUGGUAUUCACAUUUCCUCUUCUCAAUCAGCAACUGCUACCUCUAACCAUCCCCAGCAAUCAAAAUGUUACUCUCAACCAAUGCCAAAAGGCCAUGUGCUCCAAGAAGCAGCCAAUGGAGCCAAGGUAAACAACAAUCCUGGCAUCAAAGCAUUCAAGGACAAGAGGUUUGACUCUUUCAAAACAUGGUCUGGAACACUUGAGAGACAAUUAUCAAUUCUACGAGGAAAGUCACCCAAAGCAACUGCACAAGAUGGUAACAACACCCCCAGGAACAUUGAAAGGCCUUUACCUGUCGAUCGGUAUUUCGAUGCCUUGGAAGGUCCAGAGUUAGAAACUCUCAGGGCUUCAGAAGAGACAGUGCUACCUCAGGAUAAGAAAUGGCCAUUUCUUCUUCGGUUUCCUAUUUCAUGCUUUGGUGUCUGCCUUGGAGUUAGCAGCCAAGCAAUUCUUUGGAAAGCACUUGCCACAUCUCCAUCCACUCAAUUUCUUCACAUAAGCCUCAAAGUCAACUUAGUCUUAUGGAUCAUAUCCAUUGUUCUUGUUACCAUAAUUUUCACCACCUAUCUUCUCAAAAUAAUUCUCUACUUUGAAGCGGUUCGUCGUGAGUACUACCAUCCAAUCCGUGUUAACUUCUUCUUUGCACCAUGGAUAGCCCUCUUGUUCUUAGCUCUUGGGGUUCCCCCAUCAGUGACCAAAAACUUGCACCAUGCCCUUUGGUACAUUCUAAUGAUACCAAUAUUCUGUCUUGAAAUUAAGAUCUAUGGACAGUGGAUGUCAGGGGGUCAAAGGAGGCUCUCAAAGGUGGCCAAUCCUUCAAAUCAUUUAUCAAUUGUUGGAAACUUUGUAGGGGCUUUGCUAGGAGCAUCUAUGGGUCUUAAAGAAGGGCCUAUUUUCUUUUUUGCUAUUGGACUAGCUCACUACAUUGUCCUGUUUGUAACUCUCUAUCAGAGACUUCCAACAAAUGAGACCCUCCCAAAAGAGCUGCAUCCUGUGUUCUUUCUGUUUGUUGCAGCACCAAGUGUAGCUUCCAUGGCAUGGGCCAACAUUCAGGGAUCUUUUGACUAUGGAUCACGGAUUGCCUAUUUCAUUGCCCUCUUCCUUUAUUUCUCUCUGGCUGUCAGGAUCAAUUUCUUCAGAGGAUUCGUAUUUUCGCUUGCAUGGUGGGCCUACACUUUUCCAAUGACAGGUGCAGCAAUUGCAACAAUCAGAUACUCAAACAAGGUCACAAAUGGGGUUACAAAGACAAUGUGUGUGGUACUGAGUCUCAUCUCCACACUGAUAGUAGUAGCACUGCUUGUAUCAACUAUAUUGCAUGCCUUUGUCUUCAAAAACCUCUUUCCCAAUGACCUUGCCAUUGCCAUCAGUGACAGAAAGAGAAAGCCACAAAGGAAGUGGCUAGGUCUCAGAUACAGAAGCCAUGAGUCCAAAGAGAUUGAAAAUUACUUGAAGUUUGUGAACCCUGAUACCAUUGAUUUAGAAGCUUCUACCACACUACCAAAUGGCACAGAGGAGUCACCUUCUAUCUGAGGAUAUUUGUUUUGUUACAUAGUAAUGUGUGUCUUUAAAAAAGAAAAAAUAUCAUCUUACGAGUUUAUUGCUUUAUAAUCUUCAUUAGCCAAACAUGUGAGGAACAGAAGUAGGAGUUUUGACUGUUCCAGUGACCAUGUAUAGCUGAAUAUGAAGAUCUGUGUUAGGAAGAGCAGUUUACUGUAAAAUCAUUUCCCACCUUUAAGUGAGUUGUUUUACUGUAUGAGUAGAUAGUCAAUAUCAUUAACCACAAAAGAAAUUAAUAGUGGUGUUUUUGUGUGAUGUUUGGAU